UGAAAACUUCUCUUGAAUCUCUCUGAAUUGGAAAAAAGAAACGACGAUACAGAGCAACAGAUUGCGUGUCAGGCUGGAUUUUCAGGUUCCUGAAGCAACAAGAAAGAUGGCCGUUAACUGUUUUUGAAGAAAUAAAAGUCAAGAUAUUUAAAGAAAACACUGGAUUAAAAUACAUUGUUUUGCAUUUACAAAUGGAAUCAUUUGUAGGGGAUUAUUUCCUCUUUUUGUUCCCAUUCGUGCUACUUUUGCUGCUGUCUCUAACUCUCCGCUUGCCCAGAGUGCAUUGUUGGACAGGGCUGGCAGUCAGGGCUUUAAGCUGGAGACUCUGGGUUAUUAUUUGCCUGAUCCUGGGGCUGCCACUUCACAAGAACACCAGUCCAAGGGCUGAAGAGGUCAAAUCAGCAGGGACUGAUAUUUUGUCAGGGUCAGGUCAGAUCUCAGAUGAAUCCAGACUCAUAUGCAAACCCACCGCGCUGGCUAAAUAUCUGCUCCGGCACUGUGGCUCUCUGGCCAAGCCGAGACUGGCCACCUGGCCGAGGGGAGACCCCCACCUCCAGACACUGUCCAGCCUGCUGUGGGGCCAUCAUGGAGAGGCGUUGCAGUUCACUAGAGACAACCUGCUACUGAAAGAUGGGGGAAUCAUAGCUGUGGACUGGGCUGUAGGAACAAAGAUGGGUGAGGCUGCCACAAGAAAGAAGUGGGAUGUGAGGAAGGAGCACCAGUCAGGGGUGAGGGCACCGGGCUGCUUUACCUCAGCACCCCCUGUCCUCCUCCUCAUCCCUCAAUACUGGGGAGGGAUGACCCCCCACUUAAAGAUGCUGUGCCAACAGGCUGUGUGUCAGGGCUUUUAUGUGGUGGUCUUUCACCCUCGGGGCACAGAGGGGUGCCCGCUGACCACAGCACGAGUAACCGAGUUUGGAGACCCAGCUGAUCUCGAGCAGGCGGUGGCUUAUGUCCACAGCCGCCACCCGUCCUCUUUGCUUUUUGCAGUGAGUGAGGGGUCAGGCUCAGGGGUUCUUCUUUCAUAUUUGGGGGAGUGUGGAUCGAGCACGUACCUGACAGCAGCAGCAGCAAUCUCACCUGUGCUUCUCGGCCAGCUGUGGUUUGAAACGCCUAUGCCUCCUAUUUACCGCUGGGGGGCACUGUUUCACCGAAAACAGCAGCUCAGAAGAUAUGCGAGUUCCUUCAGAGGCGUCCGGGAUGUGGAUCGGGUCCUCAGCUCUUCAUCCCUCAGGGACUUUGAGGAAGCACUUUUCUGCUCCCCAGCUCAGCCCCAAUUAAGCCCUUUAAAUUCUGGACUGAGCUCAAGAUCUCACUCCCAGUGGGGCCUGGCAUCUUCAGCAGCCUGGGCGCUGGGUGAGAGGGCUUACCCAGCCAAGGACUGGGAAAGCUACUGGGAGAGAAACGAGCCACUGAGAGAUGCAGAUGAGGUGGCGGUCCCUGUGCUCUGUGUACGCAGCAGUGAUGACCCUCUCCUCCCGCCUGCCUCCACUUUGCCCCUUCCCCUUUUUAUGAGCAAUCCGUAUUUCUUUCUGAUGUUGACAGACAGGGGAGGGCAUUGUGGAUUUGCUCUGGAGGAGCAGGGGGGAGAAAGCUGGAGUCAUAUCUCAGUUCUGGAGUACUUUAGGGUCGUAGCUGAAUUCCUGCGUGGGGAUGAGAGAAACAGGGUGAGUUGGAGUGGUCUAAUGGAAGAAAAUAGUCAGGCUAGGCUGAGGGGCUGGAGCAUGGCUCCUGCUCGUAGGAGAAAAGCCACAGAGAUGAGAAGACCAAGACCACAGGCUGCUGAUCAAUGCGCCAUGGAUGCACAAGAAGGGAAUUUCACCUGGAAGAGGUCCUACACACGCUGAAGGGGAGAGGAUGGAUUAUUCCCAAUUGUGGUAUUGAGAAGAUAAAAGAUAAGUCUUUCAAAUACAAGCAGACAAAAGAAAACUCUUUUUUUUAACCAAGAAAAAAAUGUAGAACUAACGACAUUAGCUGACUAAUGCCUAUUGACAUUUUUUCAAAACACACUGGUCUUCAAAUAAAAGACAUGUU